GUUGAAGAAACGACAAAACGCAAUUGGGAUAGGACGGUUCUUCUUCGGUACGAGAGGAGGAUUUUCUCGCACCCAAAACCAGCAUGUGAAAUCGAAAAGGGCUCUUCGUUGAAUUUGUUUCUGCGGUAAGUUCCUUUCAUUGUGCUGUUCGUCGUCAAUAUUAUACGAGGGCGGUGAUGUGUUCUCGUCAUGCCAAAUCGCUUCCAGAUCCUUCUUUUAAUUCUCUGAAUUUUAAUUAUAUUUUUACUUAACAAUUCCUCUCAAGUCUCACCUACCGACCCGACUUAUCUUUUAGCUGUUCAUAAAACCCUUCUCCGACAACUUGUAGCUGCUGCUGCUGUUUCUCUUUCAUUUUUUUUUUGCUAAGGACUCAAGGAAUACAACAUCCUGAUAUUUGGAGGACAGAUUAAAGAGAAACAUCGUGGAGGAAACAAUGGCAGCAAGGUAUUGGUGUCACAUGUGCUCUCAAAUGGUCAAUCCCAUCAUGGAUAUGGAAAUCAGAUGCCCGUUUUGCCAAAGUGGAUUUGUUGAAGAAAUGGGUAACACCCCCAGUAGCAGCAGCAUUCCCAAUACAUCAGAAUCUGAUUUUGAAUCUGAUCGGGCUCUCUCCCUUUGGGCGCCCAUCUUGCUAGGCAUGAUGGGCAAUCCACGUCAUCCUAGAAGACUCAGACAAAUAGCCAAUGAUAAUGGUAAUCGUGAUUAUGUUGAUGGUGUAGCAGAUCAUGGUAGAGAAACUGAAUAUGAUCAAGAGUUUGAGUCCAUCCUUCGGAGGAGGAGAAACUCAGCUACCAUUCUACAAUUGCUCCAAGGUAUAAGAACUGGACUGGCAUCUGAAUCAUAUGAGAAUACUGAUGGCCAUGACCAUGACAGGGAAAGAGAAAGAGAAAGAGAAAGAGAGCACAUGAUCUUGAUCAAUCCUUUAAAUCAGACUAUUAUUGUUCAAGGUUCCUAUGAGUCAAACCGGGAUCAAAGUGAUAAUCAUAGCUCCGUUGGGUCCCUGGGUGAUUAUUUCACAGGGCCGGGUUUCGAUAUAUUGUUGCAACAUUUGGCUGAGAAUGAUCCUAAUAGGUAUGGAACUCCACCUGCUCAGAAGGAGGCCAUUGAAGCGCUGCCUACCGUCAUAAUCAAUGAGAAUUCGCAGUGUUCUGUGUGUCUGGAUGAUUUUGAAGUUGGUUCUGAAGCCAAAGAGAUGCCUUGUAAACAUAGGUUUCAUAGUGGGUGUAUCCUUCCCUGGCUGGAGCUUCAUAGUUCUUGUCCAGUUUGCAGGCUUCAGUUGCCAUUGGAUGAGUCUAAGCAAGACUCUGAUCUGUCAAGGGAUAGCAGAAGCCAAAGGGAGGAUGAAAGUAUUGAACAUGACAAUGAUGAAGAAAGAGAUGGCGAAGGGAGAAAUGCAAGUGGGGGUAGAAGAUUCUCAUUUCCAUGGCCUUUCAAUGGAUUAUUUUCUUCAUCAAACUCUUCAUCCUCUUAAAGUUCCAAUGCCAACGGAAAUGAUAAUCAAUCAGAUGAAAACUGAGUAUUUUUGCAUAUCUGUUGUGCUAUUCAUGUGCUGCCUUGCUUAUGUACAGUUUUCGACCAAUGAAAGAAUCCAAUGUUGAUAGAACAAUUUGUGAUUUUUCUUGUGGCUUUGUUUUUGCUAAAUUUUGUGCUUCUAGAAUUCAGUUGCUAUUUUUCUUCAACUUUUACCCUUAACUUGGCAUUUGUAUAAUUCUCGUGGUGGUUUUAUUUCCCCAUCUUAUCCUGUACUACUUUGGUAUAUGUACACUCGUGGGUGUGUGUGUGUGUUUUUUUC